UUUACGCGCGCGUUUGCUAAAAAAUUGAAUUGAAUUUAUAAAUCGCUGAAAUUCGAAGAAGGAAAAGAGUGGCGAAAAUGGAGCGAAAGAGAAUGAAAUCGGAAUCACAAUCAGAGAACGCGAUUCUACUCACCAAAAUCAAAGAAUUCACUCGAAGUUUACUCGUUAACCUAAUCAACGGAAACUCACCGAUUAUUCUCAUCGAUCGAUUCAGAAAUCACUGUACUCUUCCAGAUUCCAACUGUUUCUGUGGUUCCGAUUUACCGUUCGGAAAGGAAGUUCUCACUCUUUGCAAGGAAACACAUGUUCACAGAUUAGAUGUGAUGUUGAGAGUUCUGCUGAUUGUUCAGAAGCUUUUGCAAGAGAAUAAACAUAGUUCCAAGAGAGAUAUUUAUUACAUGCAUCCAUCUGUGUUUUUGGACCAGUCAGUUGUAGACCGUGCUAUUAAUGAUAUAUGUGUCCUUAUGCAGUGCAGUCGCCAUAACCUUAAUGUGGUUUCUGCCGGGAAUGGGUUAGUUAUGGGCUGGAUAAGAUUCGUUGAAGGAAAAAAGAUAUUUGACUGCAUCAGUUCUCCCAACACUUCCCACCCUAUUCCUGUUUAUGUUGAAGACAUUAAAGAUAUCAUAAGCGUUGCUCAUUACAUAUUAGUUGUUGAGAAAGAAUCAGUUUUCCAGAGAUUAGCAAAUGAUCAGUUCUGCAACGCAAACUGUUGCAUUGUCAUCUCUGGAAGAGGCUACCCAGAUAUUCCUACAAGAAGGUUUUUGCGGCUUCUGGUUGAUAGUUUGCACAUACCUGCUUAUUGCUUGGUAGAUUGUGAUCCCUAUGGCUUUGAUAUUUUAACUACUUAUAGAUUUGGCUCAAUGCAAAUGGCUUAUGACACAAAACAUCUUCGUGUCCCAGAGAUACACUGGCUUGGAGCAUUUCCUUCAGAUUCUGAGAGAUACUUUGUUCCAAAGCAGUGCCUCCUUCCUUUGACUGCUGAAGACAAAAGAAAAAUUGAAGCUAUGUUGCAUAGGUGCUACCUGCAAAGGGAGGUCCCACAAUGGAGGUUGGAGCUCAAAAUGAUGUUGCAGAAAGGGGUGAAGUUUGAGAUUGAAGCGCUAUCUGUUCAUACACUUUCAUUCUUGACAGAGUCUUAUAUACCAUCCAAAAUUCACUGUAAAGUUAAAAUAUAGCUUUUAGGACAUUCGUGUCUUAAGCCCUAUAUAUGCAAUCGGACUCCCGCACAUUUCAUAAUGUACCAUUUAUUUUCCUUUUGCAAUGUAGUUAUAUGUUGAUUACAGAAUGGUUUCAUUGGUAUUUUAGAGUAGCAGGGGGUCAGUUUAGGAUCUUUGAUCAAUUUUUGUCUAACAAUUAAAGAUUCUAUAAGCCAAUAUUAGCAAGGAUGUAGUUAGAGAACCCUGUAAGGCUGUAACAAUGCUUUAAGCUAUAAGGAAUGUAAAUUUUUUUGGCAAUGUUUUGUUUGCUGGUUCUUGUGUCUGCCUGUGCCUUUGUCGAUGGGCGUA